AUGGUACAGGCUCGGCUGUUGUUUGCAAUCGCACUUCAUGCGCGUGGUGAGGCCAUGGAGGCUGCAGACAUGAUGCACGCGGCCGUCAGUCUGGCCAUCGAGAUUGGCAUGAACUUGAGAAAUUUUGCAACAGCACAUGGCCAAGGCAAUCUUGUUCAAGAGGAAAGUCUUCGAAGAACUUGGUGGGAGCUCUAUGUCAUGGACGGCUACAUGGCUGCUCUCCACAAGCGUCCCUCAUUCAAGAGCAACACCGUCCAUUCAGGAGUCUUAUUGCCAUGCGAAGAAGUGAUCUAUGCGAGCUUAGGCUGCUUACCGCAACCAUCCUCUCUUGAACAGUUCGAUAUGCGACUCUUUGCAGAUGAAGAGAUUCAAUUCUCUUCAUUUGCUUAUCGUAUCGAAGCUGCCAGAAUUCUCGCAAGAGUAUUGUCUGUUGCUGGAACUCAGUACGAAGAUCAGGUCCAGGUGGUCGAUAAUGCUUUGGCUGGCUGGAUACACGGCCUGCCGCAGAUCAAGGCAGAUGUUGUCAACAGCUAUAACGUGGUCGAUGAGAUGCUUUUCCAAGGGCACAUGAUCAUCCAAUGCGCUACGAUAUACCUGCAUCUUCCACGAAGCGAUCUGCUCAACACACUUCCGGUGACAGCCAAUAUUGUAUGCGCAGAGAGAGGCAGACACAUGUCCCCUGCGUCGACCCAGCAUAUGCACUCUGUCAAAGCCACCAACGCGUCAAAAGAGCUCGCGAACCUGGCCGCUGUCCGUGUUCCGGUUCAAAAGCAUACUCCUUUCUUCGUUUGUGGAUUGGUCCUUGGCGCAAUCGUCCAGCUGUCAGCUUGCAGCGCGAAUGCUGGUAGUGAACAACAUCGCGAUCGAGUAACCUUGAUCAUCGGGCUGCUAAAGUCUUUGAGCCGCAAUUGGGCGAUAUCCGGUCAGGUUCUGGUCCAAGUCAAGAAAGUGGCAUCAGAAGUGUUGCAAACAAGCAAUCUCUCGUCACCUAGUGCCAACCGGCAAGACAACACAGCAUACGACAGUGGCAUAAGUAUAGGAAACAGUCCCAGCAAUACUUCAUGGCUCUCCAUGCUGAACAUGGUCGAGAACCAGGAAUUUCAUGGUCUCAUGCACCUCGAAUCCAUCUACCCAGGCUCGGUCUAG